AUGCUUGAACGGGCUUGCAACAACCGGCUUCUCACUGUAACAUUUAUCGAAGGUGAUAACUGCAUUGUGUUCUUGGUGACGUUGAUGGUAUGUGGAGAAGAUACUAUGGUUUUGGAUGUUCCUAUUUUCAAAAGAAUCCAUGCCGGGAUUUUUUUAUUUGAGUUGUAUACAAAUGUAUUUUUCACCCUUCGGAUUGUGUAUCUUGCAAAGUUGGAGCAGAUUAUAAAGCACAUAGUACUACUAACCUACUUGAGUAGUUGGAAAACAGGCUGAAAUGUAGAUUUUGCUAACCAGAUGAUUGUGGCCUAAGCACUGAAUAACAGUUUCACUCGUUUGGAACUGAGCUUAGCUGUGUAUUCAGACAAAUUCAGCUCACAGAGCCGAAUUAAUUCGGAUCAUUUGAAUCUGUCUAACUGAACUGCAUGGACCGGUACAUCUAAAAUAGCAUGAUCAAUUGCAAAUGGUUUAUAAAUUACAGGCUGCACAGUUGACGUUUCUCACACCCGAGUAGUUUUUCAACUAUAAUCUGUAAAUCAUUUGGGAGUUGAACAUUAUACAUAUAAUAAAGCUUUUUCAAGUCUGAAGGUAUGUAAUUCUUCAUCUGGUGAUUUAUGAAAACAGUUUUUUUCGAAUACAGCAAUAAAAGUUGCAGAAAUUCUUUUUCUUAUCUUCCAAAGGGUGGGUGUAUAAAUACCACAUAGUAUAAACACCUCUGGCUGACAGUGUGCUAUAUUGAAUGGAACGCAUUUAUACACCCAUUGAUUAGAAAUCAGUGUCUGCUAACUGACUUACUGAUUAUAACUGUUUAACUUUUUGCUGUCUGAUACAUAGUUC